CUGUCUUUUGGCACGAGUAUACGCGCGCGCCUGCCUAUACGUAUAUAUAUUCGCGUGUGCUAUAUAUCUGUAGACACGCGCUGUGUAUAGUGCAUGGGCAAGAGCAUCCAUAUAGAGAGAGCCUCACGUACCACGACUUGUCUCGCUCGUCCGAGCUGCACUGCAGUCCGUGUUGUACGGCAAAUGUGCAGUUGCGUAUACGUGCAUAACAUAACGUAUAUAUAGCAUACAUAGUGAAUAGAGCAGUGCGCGACAUUGCGCUGCAACUUGUCACAUCGACAUCGUGAUAAUAUAUUCUAAUAAUUCGACGGAUUUUGUGGCAUCGCUGCAGUGCUGUCCUGUAAUGAUACAUUGACAAGGCGAAAUUAAUACGGCGAGCUAUACGGUGCAGUGUAUCAUAAUCGUCCGUGGAUGAUCGCGCGGUCAAGUCCCCUGCUGAUAUAUGCCAUCCUACUUCUAUAUGCGUUGUGUACCAGCAGUGGCAGCAGCAGCAGCAGCUCACAAUAGUACAAUAGUUAUAUCGUACUCGUAGGCCAGCAGUAAGCAGCAGUUUUACUUGGCUGUGGCGAAACUCACGGCAGCUGCUGCUCUCGUCUCCCUUUUAAGACUACGGGGAAGCUCUCUAACCUGCGUCAAACUUAACGAGCAGCAGCACUACGUAGCUAGCUAGCAGCAGCGUGCCCAAUGUCAAUGUAUAAGUAUAGAAGCUAGAGUGUCGUCAUGUCGAUGAUUAUAAACUUUUCGCCAAGGACGUCGAAUGUCCAGUAGUGCUGAUCCUGUGCGACGUGCGCGUGCAAUCGCAGUAGUGAUGCACGAUGAUUACUCCGAUCGUUCGUCCAUACGAUUGUUGUUUGCUCCGUCGAGCGCAGGUUGCAUCAGACUAAGUGAUAGUUAAACAAACAAACUUUAAACAUGAUAUGAGUGUGCAAACGUUGUGUUCAAAUUUGCAAGAAUCUACCAUGUCUAGUUGUACAGAGGACAACUCAAAUGUCUCAGGAUUUCAUCAGCUGAGUAUUACCAUUGAAUCAGCAAGUCUAAGAAGUUCUACUUUUUUAAAACCAAAUCCAUACAUUGAAUUUUCCGUUGAUGAUAAAAGUCCUCGGAAAACAGAAGUAGCAAAAUCAACUUUGCAACCUAAGUGGAAUGAAGAAUUUACAGUUCUGGUCACACCAUAUUCUCAACUUCACUUUCGUCUAUUAGACCAUAGCUCGUUUCGAAAAGAUGCUCUAAUUGGAGAAAAAAGAAUUUCUCUUUACGACUUAUUGGUACAUUAUAAUGGAAAAUUGGAAGGUUUAGAACUUACAUUGGAUUUGGUCACAGGAAAACAUCAUGAUUAUUGUCCUACUAAAGUAGGCGAUUUAAUAACAUUAUUUGAUAGAAUGAGACUUGAUAUGAGUAAUGUACCACCUCCAUUGCCAAUAGCUCCUCCACCAAGUAAUGGGCCAAGACAUUCAGGAGCAAUAUCUGAUUCUGCCAGUAAUCAUAGUAUAUUUAAUGGUGGAAUGCGUGCUCGCGUUAGAUCAACAAGUUCAGAAUUACCUUCCGCACUACCUCAACCUCCCCAAUUAAUGCGCCUAAACUCUUUAAAUAAUUUGCAAGAUUGCAGUGGACCCAGUGAUAAUGAACCGAGUAGUAGUCGAGCUGUGGCUUUAUAUACUCCAUUUAUGACAAACAAUUCCACCAAUCAUAGUAAUGCAAUUAUUAAUAACAUAACACCUGAAGCAAGUUGUUCACCAUUACCAAGAAAUGCUGCUGCUCCACAACCCUGUUCAUCAAGUAUGCCAAGUCAGGCUGAAAACUUGCCUCAAGAUGAGCCUUUACCCGCUGGUUGGGAAAUGAGAUUCGAUGUAUACGGAAGACGGUACUAUGUUGAUCAUAAUACGCGUAGUACUUCAUGGGAACGACCACAACCACUACCUCCAGGUUGGGAAAUGCGUCGAGAUAUGCGGGGUCGCAUUUAUUACGUAGAUCACAACACUAGAAGCACAACAUGGCAACGACCUAACACUGAACGAUUACAACAUUUUCAACAAUGGCAAGGAGAACGCCAAUAUGUUGUGCAACAAGGGAACCAAAGAUUCUUGUAUCCUCAGGCUCAUCAAGCAAUGGCUGCUGGACCGUCAACAUCCACAGCCGUUGAAGAAGAUGAUGGCCUGGGUCCUUUGCCUGCGGGUUGGGAAAGACGCAUGCAACCUGAAGGACGACCUUACUAUGUUAAUCAUAAAAAUAGGACAACGCAAUGGGAAGACCCGCGAACACAAGGUCAAGAGACAAUGGAUGAAGGUCCGUUACCCGAUGGUUGGGAAAUACGAAUGACUGAAGAUGGAGUACGUUAUUUUGUUGACCAUAACAAUAGAACUACUACAUUUCAAGAUCCUCGACCUGGUGCACCAAAAGGCCCAAAAGGAAUAUGCAGAGUUCCACGAGCAUAUGAGAGGUCGUUUCGAUGGAAGCUCUCACAAUUCCGCUUUUUAUGUCAAACCAACGCAUUCCCCAAUCACAUCAAAAUAAGUGUAACUAGACAAACUUUAUUUGAAGAUUCUUAUAAUCAAAUUAUGAACGCUGAAGCGUUUGCUUUGAGGCGAAGAUUGUACAUAAUUUUUAAAGGAGAAGAAGGAUUAGAUUAUGGUGGAGUUUCAAGAGAGUGGUUCUUCCUUUUGAGCCAUGAGGUUUUAAAUCCAAUGUAUUGUCUUUUCGAGUAUGCCAACAAAAGUAAUUAUAGUUUACAAAUAAAUCCCGCGUCGUAUGUAAAUCCAGAUCAUUUGAACUAUUUCAAGUUCAUAGGAAGGUUUAUAGCAAUGGCACUCUAUCAUGGUCGAUUUAUCUACAGUGGUUUUACUAUGCCAUUUUACAAGCGCAUGCUUAAUAAAAAAUUAAUUAUGAAAGAUAUUGAGUCCAUUGACCCUGAAUUUUAUAAAUCACUUGUAUGGAUAAAAGAAAAUAAUAUUGAUGAAUGCGGUCUUGAACUGUAUUAUGGUGUUGAUUUUGAAAUUCUUGGUCAAGUAAUACACCAUGAAUUAAAAGAAAACGGUGAUAAAAUUAAAGUUGUAGAAGACAAUAAAGAAGAAUAUAUAAGAUUAAUGACUGAAUGGCGUAUGACCCGAGGUAUCGAAGAACAAACAAAAGCAUUUUUAGAUGGUUUCAACUCGGUUGUACCGCUUGAAUGGUUGAAAUAUUUUGACGAGCGAGAGCUGGAACUAAUGCUGUGUGGAAUGCAAGAGAUCGACGUCGAUGACUGGCAGAGAAAUACUAUUUACAGACAUUAUACGCGUAAUAGCAAACAAGUUGUGUGGUUUUGGCAGUUUGUCCGGACAGCCGAUAAUGAAAAGAGAGCUAGAUUGUUACAGUUUGUUACAGGAACAUGUAGAGUACCAGUUGGGGGAUUUGCCGAGCUAAUGGGAAGCAACGGUCCACAAAGAUUUUGUAUUGAAAAAGUUGGCAAAGAGACAUGGUUACCACGUUCCCACACAUGCUUCAACCGACUCGAUCUUCCUCCUUACAAAAGUUAUGAUCAAAUGGUUGAGAAGCUCAAUUACGCAAUAGAAGAAACUGAAGGUUUUGGACAGGAAUGAACUUUAAGUCUCAUUCAAAAAAUUACGCUAAUUUUCCUGACGAUCCUAAGUAUAUUAGUUUUUAGCAUUAAUAUUUUUAUUGACAAUGAUUUUUAAAUUCCACCACAACUAACACAUCAAAUUUAUACCGUGCCACAUAAUUAUAAUAAAAUUAUUUUGAGCCGUGAUGAUUACAAAAAUUAAUGGUCCUAAAUGGAUCGAAAAAAUUUCUGUCUGGUGUGAAUAUACUUGAUGUUUUGAAUGAGAUCUGAGUUAGUAAAACAAUCUUUCACGGACUUCAUUCUGAGAUGAUAAAAACCAAACAUUCCUUUCAAAUAAAAAUUAGAAUUCUAAAGAUUUUCAAUCUUUAUGUUUUUCGGUAAUGAGACUGAAGGGCGAUCGCUUAAUUGUUUUCUGUUAGCGAAACGCAAAUUUUUGAAUUUUUAAUGAUGUAAUGUAAAUACAUAGUGUAUCAAAAAUUAAAAAUAUUUAAAUUAAC